CUCCUCAAGCAAAAUCAAAAGCAAGAGGCUGUACAGAGAGACAGGAUGCUGUUCUACUCUGAGGUAGCUUUCCUGACGUGUCUGUUAGAGCAUUUCUAACAGUUUGGAGAGCACAGUCAAAGAUUUUUUCUGACAGAGCUCCCCUUUCCAGUACCUGCUGUACUGCCUUACUUCCCCUUCUCUUCCUUCCCUCUUAUCUGUUGGUGGGGAUUUUGGAGGGUUGGGAGAGGGAGGCGGGAGACGUACAUCAUUCCUGGAAGAGAGGAGAGAAACACCCAAGAUGACUUUGGUCCCCACAGCCAAGUGGAACGUGAGCCUUGCUGAAGCAGGCGAUCUUUGGGAACAGGCUCUGGAAGCACCAGCUGCAAAUGCUUCUGCCCCUGUAGCCUCCUCAGCAGGCAACUUCUCCAAUCAGUUCGUGCAACCUUCUUGGCGCAUCGCCCUGUGGUCUCUGGCUUAUGGUGGUGUGGUGGCAGUGGCCGUUUUUGGGAAUCUUAUUGUCAUCUGGAUUAUCCUGGCUCACAAGCGCAUGAGGACAGUGACAAAUUACUUCCUGGUGAAUCUGGCCUUUUCUGAUGCCUCCAUGGCUGCUUUCAAUACUCUCAUCAACUUCAUCUAUGCACUGCACAGUGAGUGGUACUUUGGAGAGGCUUACUGCCGCUUCCACAACUUCUUCCCAAUCACAGCUGUCUUCGCCAGCAUCUAUUCCAUGACAGCCAUCGCCGUGGACAGAUAUAUGGCCAUUAUUGAUCCCUUGAAACCUAGGCUCUCUGCAACUGCUACCAAGGUGGUCAUUGGGAGCAUAUGGAUUUUGGCAUUCCUGCUGGCUUUUCCCCAGUGCCUAUACUCCAUAACCAAGGUGAUGCCAGGGAGAACUCUUUGCUAUGUAGCAUGGCCAGGUGGUCCAAAACAGCAUUUUACAUAUCAUGUUAUCGUGAUUGUGCUGGUCUACUGCUUCCCACUGCUUGUCAUGGGCAUCACUUAUUCCAUGGUGGGAAUUACCCUCUGGGGAGGAGAAAUACCAGGCGACACAUCCAACAAAUAUCAUGAGCACCUCAAAGCUAAGAGAAAGGUGGUAAAAAUGAUGAUUGUGGUUGUGCUGACAUUUGCCGUCUGCUGGCUGCCCUACCACAUUUACUUCAUAGUUACUGGGAUCUAUCAACAAUUAAAUCGGUGGAAAUACAUUCAGCAAAUCUAUUUAGCCAGCUUUUGGCUUGCCAUGAGCUCUACAAUGUACAAUCCCAUUAUCUACUGCUGUCUUAAUAAGAGGUUCCGAGCCGGCUUCAAGCGAGCUUUCCGCUGGUGCCCCUUCAUUGAGGUGUCCAGCUACGACGAGCUGGAGCUGAAGGCAGCCAGGUUCCACCCCACGCGGCAGAGCAGCCUCUACGCUGUGUCCAGGAUGGACUCCAGCAUGACGGUGGUGUUGGACACCAACGAUGGAGACAGCGUGCACGCCAGCCAUAAGAAAAGAGCGCCUCCAAGGGACCUGAACUUCAAUGGCUGUUCGCAGAGGAAUUCCAAGACUGUCUCCACAGCCUCAAGCCUCAUCAGUUCACUACACACAUCUGCAGAUGUUUAUUCCUAAACACUUCACAUUGCUAGAAGGACAACGCUGGACAAUGUUCUCCUACUUUGGGACUUGGUAUUCUUACUACAGGAAAGCAAACCACAAACCCUAGCUAUAAAUACUGAGACUUUUGGGAAUCUCUCACAUUUUUUGUUUUGCAGAGGAAGAAGAAUUUGAAGACAUGUGUAUGCCUCAGUCCAAAAGCAUAGCUGCACCUUAGCCACAACAAUGUUGUAGGGAUUAUCCAGAAUAAACCAAUGGAAUAAAAAACUUUGUUUUAGUUGUCUCUGACUUGUGGCAUUUAUGUUUGACUUACCGAAAUGUAACAGGCUCC